AUGGCCAAGGGUACGCGAACGGACUCGUCGGUGAAGGUGGUGUUGAGAAGCGAUUGUGGAGCCGGGGAGGGUGGAAGUGGAGCAAACAGCAGCAGCAGCACAAGCACCAGCAAUAGAAGGACGGAAGGAUCGUUUCAGCAGAAAACCAUUUUCACUAGUCUGCUGAUCUUGAGUGUGGUUUGCUGCUUUAUCGAGUGUAAUGAUGUCAUCUCUUCAAAGGGGGAAACUCCGACGCAAUCGGCCAAAAACACGGUAAUGGCCGUAUUCAGUCCUAUGACAAAGUCGCCUGGACCAUGCAGAUAUCUGGUCGGAACACGCAAGCAGAACCACCAGUGCAGGCGUGAUAUUGGGUUGCCGGAAGCGAUCAAGGAGGCUCGCCGGCUUGCGGUGACGCACUGCGAGGAACAGUUUCGGUACGACCGGUGGAACUGCUCGAUAGAGACCAGAGGCAAGCGGAACAUUUUCAAAAAGGUGUACCGUGAAACCGCGUUCGUUCAUGCCCUAACGGCGGCUGCCAUUACGCACGCCGUGGCGCGGGCGUGCGCCGAGGGCAAGAUGACCAAAUGUCAGUGCGCAUCCGAGCGGAAACCGGAAGCGACGAGGCUCGCGUGGCGCUGGGGCGGAUGCAGUGACAAUCUGAAGCACGGGAAGCGUGUCGCGCGAAACUUUCUCGAGCUGCAACCGAAGUCUGGCGAUCCGGUGGCAGAGAUGUUGCGGCACGAUAGUGAGGUCGGUAUCAGUGCCAUCACGAGCGCCAUGACGGACCGCUGCAAGUGCCACGGUGUGUCCGGUUCGUGCUCUAUGAAAACCUGCUGGCGGCGGCUGGGAGACUUCAACACGACGGCGGCCCUUCUGAGGACCAAGUACCACCUGGCCAUACGGAAGAUUCCAGUCAACAACAAAACGUCCCGCCGGUCGGCGCCGAGAGACUUCCGCCCGAGGGAUGCGGUGUACGAUCAGCUGUACUACUUCGAAACCUCGCCAACGUUCUGCUCGGUCACACGGGGUCGGCGCUGCCUGCAUCCGGACAACUGUGCGACGCUCUGCUGCGGACGGGGCUACACCACGAAAGUGAUCAAGACGCUGGAAAAGUGUCGCUGCCGCUUCACGAACGGGCGCUGCUGUCAGGUGGUGUGUGACUACUGCGAAAACUACGAGGAUCGAUAUUACUGUAAAUAG